CCUUCGUUUAAUCCAUCUUGCUUCUUCAGUUUAAUAAUUCACGCUACAGUCCAACCCAGCGGAAGCAUCCAAUGAUAAUUUUUUUACUUACCGGAAGUUUUCGAGUUCCAGAUUACUGAAUAUACCCAUGGUGUCAAAACCAUCGCCUUUACUGAACAGUGAUCGAAUCCAUGGUGUCAAAGCCCAGUAAGCCAUCGCCUUUACCUGUAGCUGUAGCAUCAACCAGGAAGCAGAUCCCACUCCCCACAGUGUCCCUCGCUACAGCUGCUCAGUAGCGAGCUGAGCUAGCUCCGGCAGAUGGAGCAGCAGCAGCGGCUGGUGCCGACGAGGAUGGCGGCGCAACAGCAACAGCCGGCGUCCUCCUACAUCGGGAUCGAUGGCGGCGGCGGAGGGGGAGGGGGAACGGUGGACGUGGUGGCGCGCGACGCGGCGGCGCAGGCGCUGGGCGGGGUGGUGCAGCUGCACUUCGACAAGACGGUCGAGAAGAAGCGGGCGGCGGACUUGCAGAAGCAGGAGCUGUGGCGGCUCUUCCUGGGCUUCUUCGUCUUCCUCGCCGUCCUCUUCCUGGCCGUCUCCUCCUCCCCGCCCGCCCGCCUCCAGUGCCGCCACCUCUGGGCCCCCGCCGGCCUCCUCUCCCUCGCCCACCUCGCCUUCUACGCCGCCGUUGCCCACCACCUCCGCUGCCUCAACGGCUUCCGGUACCAGAGGAGGUGUCACAAGCUGACGCUGGCGCUGGCGGCGGAGCGGCUGAGGAAGCUGAAGGCGGCGGGGGAGGUGGUGGCGGCGGCGGACGUGGAGGUGCCGUACCAGGAGCCGCACGGGAGCUACCUCGCCAAGUUCAGGCGCAGCUGGGCCAUCCACUUCGCCUUCCUCAUCGCCACUUUCGCCUUCUCCGUCGCAGCAGCCGUCGCAAUCCUCUGCUUCUAAGCAAUCUAGCUAUCAUUGCUCGUCACUGCCGUUGCCAUUGCUGUCUCUCUGUUUCUGCUCUGUUCUCAACUCAAGAACUCGUUGCCAUUGCCGUCUCUCUGUUUCUGCUCUGUUCUCAGCUCAAGAACUGAAAUCGAUUGUCGUCGUGUGUUCGUUAUUUAGUCAUCAGCAGUAAAAUGGAUGGAUGUUCGUUGUCAAUUGCUGUCAGUGAGAGAUGGGUUUAUUUAGAUGAUUUUUUUGUCUGCU